UGGGGAGCUGUUUUCCAUCUCUCGCCAUGAACAGACGCGUUUCUGGCCAUUGCCUGACCUGCAUACGCCUUGCCUGACUGAUUGACGCCUGAAGAAGGCCUGGUGGAAACCUUUUUUCCUCUCCCUUUUUCCAUAUGUUUCCAACCAGACGAUGGCCGGCGGAGCUUCUGCAGUUGCUUCUUCCCCGUUCUCGCCCAACAAUGACGACGACUACCACCACCGCGACCAUCAAUUCUCUCUAGUAGGCGCAGGCAGUUCCAGCUGGGCAUCAACGGAGCACGUCUCUGCUUCUUCCUCUCUCCCGAUCCACGCGCCUUCUGCCGCUGUCGCGACGCCGUCAACGUCUGCCGUGCCUGCUGCUCUAACUGCCUCCGGGCCCACCACGUCCAACCUUUCCUCUGCAUUGGGCUUCUUUCCGAUUCUCUCAGCCAUGGCGGGGUUCAUUACUGCGGUGUUUUACUUUUUCUUUCGUUUUCUUCCCGGCGUCCUCUACAAUGCCAUCACCUUCUUGACCAUCACGUUGCCCACAUGGCUAUUCACUCUCUUCUCAAUGAGCCUGACCGUCACGAUGAACUUUACAACCCUCUUGUUAAUCCUGGUGGUCAUCAUAUCGAUGGGCGGCUGGUUCAUCCGGUACCGCUUCCUGAACGUGUACAGUCGCCUACCGCCCGAGCCCCAGCGGAAAGAACCUCAGCUCGACUUCUUCCCUGAUGUUCAAGAAGGUGACUCGAAGCCUGGACUCUCGAACUACCUCGAUGAAUUCCUCAGUGCGAUCAAAGUCUUCGGAUACUUGGAACGCCCGGUAUUCCAUGAAUUGACCCGGACCAUGCAGACGAGGAAGUUGAUUGCUGGAGAAACGCUGUUGUUGGAGGAAGAGAAAGGCUUCUGUCUCGUCGUGGAUGGGCUGGUUCAGAUCUUCGUCAAAUCCAUUCAAGGGGGAAAGGAGUCUGUGGGUGAUUGCGUGGAUGGUCUGGACGCUGACUCGUCCGACGAGGACGAAUACCGCAAUACGCAUGGCAAACAGGGCUACCAAUUGCUUACGGAAGUGAAGAACGGAGCGUCCAUGUCAUCCUUGUUCUCAAUCCUAUCUCUUUUCACUGAGGACAUUCAGCUACGGGAUCCCAAACAGUCCGAUUCCAGCCCAUCAAGCAAUGAUCUGGUCAGCAUGCGCUUGCCUGACUCUUUGCCGACCGCCACUUCCCGUCAAGGAAUGAAUAGUCCAAGGUCUGUUCUUAGAGAUCGCGGCAGUUCCGCUUCCCAGGUGAACAUGGACAGCAAUGGCGAGGCCCUCCCCUCUGUACCUCCAUUUACCCUGGGAGACGAUGACGCUAUAUCCAACCGGAACCACCAGGCGCAGGCCAAGACGCAUCCAGCACACAAUAGGAGAAAGUCGGCUCAUCCUGAUCUUGUUGCCCGGGCAGUGGUGGACACGACAAUUGCAAUCAUCCCGGCGAGUGCGUUCCGCCGCCUGACGCGGCUUUAUCCAAGAGCUACUUCGCAUAUCAUUCAGGUCAUCCUCACCCGUCUGCAGAGGGUCACUUUUGCAACGGCUCAUUCAUAUCUGGGUUUGACAACGGAGGUGCUGGGUAUCGAGAAACAAAUGACCAGGUUCACCACCUUCGACUUGCCUAAUAGUUUACGGGGAGGGGCUCUCGACCGGCUGAAAGACAAGUUUCUGGUUGAGAAGGAUCGUCUCGGACCUGAGGAGGGCACUAAGGGAAUCGCCUUGCACAAACCACCCAUGGUCAGGAGGUCUCAGCCGGGCAGCUAUUUGAGAAGGGAAGCCGCUCUCCAUGGGAGAACGACUGCCGGCAGACGUACUGCCUCUUUUUCUAACAAAAAUAAUACAUUUGAGAGUGAAGCGGCAGGAGUUAGCCCCGGUGAUCUUUUGUCUACUAUUCAUCUGUCUCGGUUCGGCCCGGGAUACGAACGUCUUUCUCCAAGAUUGCACACCCCUCUGUCGCAGCAUGAGAGCCCACCAUUCCAAUCAUCUGUCGUGAAUGGACGUCCUUCUUUCCAAAGACAAGAAUCCGUGGAUGAGAACACACUGUUUCGGGAAUCCCUUGUAGACUGCAUCAUGAAGGGUAUUGGUCUCACUGAGAGUACACAUGAUGCGCUGCGAAAGAGCGGCACAUUCAAUUCUGGCGAAGCUUCGCCCAGGCUCCUCACGUAUGAUUCCCGGCGGCAAAAGGCAAUCUUUAGCAACGCUUUUGGAUUCAUCGAUCCGUAUGAGGGGUCCGUAGAUGGCGAGACAGACUCUACAAUGUCAAUGUCGGCCGUAAGCGCCGGUGGGACACCACCUAUCUUCAAUCUCAGAGAAGAUCUGAGCAAUGAUCUCGAGAUCGUUUACUUCCCACAGGGCUCAGUCUUGGUCGAGCAGGGAGAACGGCAUCCAGGCCUGUACUACGUGAUCGAUGGGUUUCUAGAUGUGGGAGUUCCCAUAAAUGAGAAAGACGAAGAUCUCGCAGGUGCAUCAGGAUCGAUGCUUGGGCAGCGGCGUGAGAAACUAUUCCCGACUUUGGACCGCACGAAUACCCGUUCGACAUCCAGGUCACCGGCUUUGGGCACUGGUGAUGGAAGGCGUAAGCGCCCAUCGCGGAAAUCCCUCUACUUGAUCAAGCCAGGUGGUAUGCAAGGUUACGUUGGGGCUCUGGCAUCCUACCGGUCGUAUACCGACGUUGUCGCCAAGACUGAUGUAUAUGUGGGAUUUCUCCCCAGAGCGUCCUUGGAACGCAUAGCCGAGCGGUAUCCUAUUGCACUCUUAACAUUGGCGAAGAGGUUGACAAGCCUCCUGCCGCAUCUGCUUCUACAUAUCGAUUUUGCACUGGAAUGGGUCCAAGUAAACGCGGGUCAGGUUAUCUAUCACCAAGAUGACGAGAGUGACGCCAUCUAUCUUGUUCUGAAUGGCCGGCUGCGUUUGGUCCACGAAGGUUCGAAUGGGAAGAUGAGUGUAGUUGGCGAAUACGGUCAAGGGGACAGCAUUGGCGAACUUCAGGUCAUGACAGAAUCCAGACGGCCGGCCACCCUACACGCUAUUCGCGACACGGAGCUAGCCAAAUUCCCUCGGUCACUGUUCAAUAGCCUCGCACAGCAGCAUCCUGGUGUCACCAUCCAAAUCUCGAAAAUUGUUGCCCAGCGAAUGCGGCAGAUGGUUGAGCACCCGCUCUCCGAACAAGGAAGAGAGCAAGGUGCUGUUUGUGGGACGCAAACCGCGUCGUCCACUCUCAAUCUCCGUACCGUCGCCAUCCUUCCAGUUACAGCGGGUGUACCUGUGGUCGAGUUUGGCCACAGAUUGAUAAAUGCCUUGCAUCAAGUAGGCGUCGUCAACGGGGUGACGUCUCUCAACCAGGCGGCUAUCUUGAAUCAUCUUGGCCGGCACGCUUUCAGCAAAAUGGGUAAGUUGAAGCUGUCGCAGUACUUGGCUGAUCUAGAGGAGAAAUACGGCAUGGUGCUCUAUAUUGCGGACACCAGCGUCAAUGCUCCCUGGACACAGACUUGCAUUACCCAAGCAGAUUGUAUCCUGCUAGUCGGACUGGCCGAGUCGUCCCCCAACAUUGGAGAAUAUGAGAAGUUCUUGCUUGGUAUGAAGACAACCGCCAGGAAAGAACUUGUCCUACUACAUGCGGAGAGGUACUGUCCUCCAGGGCUAACCAGGAACUGGCUGAAGAACCGACUAUGGAUUAAUGGCGGUCACCAUCAUAUCCAGAUGCCAUUCCGAAUGACAGAUGAGCCCGCUCAUCCUCCCAGCAAGCGUUUUGGCGCCGCGUUGAAGCAGAGAGUGCAGGUGCUCCAGGCUGAAAUCCAAAAGUAUACCUCACGACGGAUCCGCCAAACGCCGCUGUAUUCUGCGGAGACACCGUUCAAAGGUGAUUUCUACCGUCUCGCGCGUAGAUUAUGUGGCAAGUCUGUCGGCGUGGUCCUCGGCGGUGGAGGGGCACGAGGUAUCGCCCACGUUGGCGUCAUUAGGGCCCUUGAAGAGGCUGGAAUCCCUAUUGACAUUGUCGGCGGGACGUCAAUCGGUGCAUUUAUCGGCGCUCUCUAUGCCCGGGAUGCUGACGUUGUUCCUAUGUAUGGACGCGCUAAGAAAUUCAGUGGUCGCAUGGGCAGUAUUUGGCGAUUCGCGCUCGAUUUGACGUAUCCCACGGUUUCGUAUACGACGGGUCACGAAUUCAACCGCGGCAUUUUCAAGGCGUUCGGCGAUAACCAGAUUGAGGAUUUCUGGCUGGAGUUUUACUGUAACACAACCAAUAUCAGUCGUUCUCGCGCGGAAUACCAUUCGUCGGGCUAUGUCUGGCGCUACGUGCGCGCUUCCAUGACCUUGGCAGGUUUAAUUCCUCCCAUCUGCGACGAAGGGAGCAUGCUCGUCGACGGCGGGUAUAUUGACAACUUGACUGUCGCGCACAUGCAAACCCUGGGCGCGGACAUCAUCUUCGCAGUCGACGUGGGUUCCGUCGAUGACAACACUCCACAGGUGUAUGGGGAUUCUCUCUCUGGGGUAUGGGCCAUCAUUAACCGCUGGAAUCCGUUUUCGUCGUACCCAAAUCCUCCCACUCUGUCUGAAAUUCAGGCGCGGCUCGCGUACGUGUCAUCGAUUGACAAUCUGGAGCGGGCUAAGAACGCACCCGGUUGUCUGUACAUGCGUCCGCCCAUCGACGGAUACGGGACGCUGGAUUUUGGCAAAUUUGAUGAAAUCUACCAAGUCGGAUAUGCUUAUGGAAAGCAGUUUCUGGAACGGCUGCGGAGUGAAGGCUCAUUUCCUUUGCCGGAGGAGACGGAGGAGAAGAAGAAACUGCAGAGGACCAUGGCGCCUCGGAGAGCGAGUAUAUGAAUCCAGUAUUAUUGUUUCAUUAGCGUUGGUCAGCUGGCGUUUAGGAGAUUCACGACUCCUAUAAUUAUGGAGUGACCAUUGGUCCCUCUCUUGUAUAUACUGAUACUUUGUGCAUGGAUGUACACGUCUACUUGUAAUUAUGGGGGAAGGAAGAGAGAGAGGGGUGAGGGGCGGACGGAGUCGAGGCUGGCCUUGCACGGAGACUACAUACAAUACUUGAAGUGGAGAUAAUUCCAGUGAAUCUAACUGUUCUUCUGUAUCCGGG